AUGUUUUCUUUUAAUUAUGCAGAUAACACAGCUCGGAUUUUAACAAGGAGGAAUGGAUUUAACAGGCAUGAAAUAAACACAUAUCUUUUACCAGUGGUCAUAUCUGACAACGACUACCCAAUUCAAAGCAGUACUGGAACGUUAACCAUAAGAGUAUGCACAUGUGACAGCAAGGGAAACAUGCAGACGUGCAGUGCUGAGGCCUUACUCUUACCUGCUGGUCUGAGUACAGGUGCUUUAAUUGCAAUUCUGCUUUGCAUCAUUAUACUUCUUCUUAUUGUGGUGCUGUUUGCUGCCUUGAAAAGACAGAGAAAGAAAGAACCAUUAGUCCUGUCUAAAGAGGACAUUAGAGACAACAUUGUAAGCUACAAUGAUGAAGGAGGCGGAGAAGAAGAUACACAAGCCUUUGAUAUUGGCACACUCAGAAAUCCUGGUGCGAUUGAGGAUAAGAAACACCGUAGAGAUAUUGUCCCUGAAAGCCUGUUGUUACCAAGGAGAACUGCUUCUGUGCCAGACAAUACAGAUGUUCGUGAUUUCAUUAACCAAAGGCUAAAAGAGCAUGACAAUGAUCCUAUUGCACCACCCUAUGAUUCACUUGCAACAUAUGCAUAUGAAGGAAAUGAUUCUAUAGCUGAAUCUUUAAGUUCUUUAGAGUCUAGUACAACAGAAGGGGACCAAAACUAUGAAUACCUCAAGGAAUGGGGUCCUCGUUUCAACAAACUAGCUGAAAUGUACGGCAGUGGGGAGAGUGAUAAAGAUUCUUAA